CACCUGAUCUGAUUGACAAACCCCUGCCUGGAUAACAGGUUGGUGAGUCUGCCCAUGUUUUUCCCCACCCAGGGGGAUAAUUAGCUAAGUGUGUAUAACAAGGGAAGGUCUCCAGACUUUGUCUGUUGCUUCCUGUUGGCGUAAGACGGCACAAGGUGCUUGGCAAUAGGGUUUAAGGCCACCAACUGUGCGCUCAGUAACAACAAACAAUCCGCCAUGUGGUUUGCUUCACCCCUCCUGAGUCUACUUCUCGUCCUUGGCGCUGGCGGCCAGUCUACGCUCGACCAACGGCAACGCUGCGGUCAGUACUCCAACGAGCGUCUCGGAGACGGGAACUGUCGUUUCAUCGCCGUGAUCCCGCAAGAUGUAGACGGAAAAUGUCCCAACCCCUUACAGUGCACCGAGUUUGUUAGCUUGAUGAACAAUGUGACAGCACAAGAACAACAGGCGACGAUGCUUCAGAAUAGAGUCACGGACUUGGAGAACGUGAACAAGGACUUGAACUUGCUGUUGGAGACGCACACAGACACAAUCGCACAGCUACAGAGUAAACUGCACCAGGUCAUGGAGGUCAUCAACAGUAUGCAGAACCACAGUGUGGUCAACGAUGCACCCAACAAAGUUACAGAUACCGGUCCUGAGGUCCCUAGGGACUGCGCCAGUCUCUACCGUUUGGGUAACAACGUCAGCACCGUCUACAGCGUGACACCGCGAGACUCCCCGCAGCCCGUACCCGUCUACUGCGACAUGGACACCUCGGGCGGUGGUUGGACCGUGAUCCAGCGCCGCAUCAACGGUUCUGUCGACUUUCAGCGCACGGCUGACGUGUACAAAAUCGGAUUCGGCGAAGUCGACACAGAGCACUGGCUCGGCAACAAGCUAAUCCACCUCCUGACCAAUCAGGCGGCAUAUAUGCUGAGAAUCGACAUGGAGGAUUGGGAGGGCGAGCGACGCUACGCGGAAUACGGACAAUUCCGUGUCAACAGCGAGAAUGACAAAUUCCGCCUUCUCGUUAACGGUUACUCCGGCACGGCGGGCGACGCCUUCUCGUGGUAUCACAACUACCAGGCGUUCAGCGCGCCCGCGCCGGGAAAUACAUGCGCCAUCUUGUCUAAGGGUGGGUGGUGGUAUAACUCCUGCUUUUAUGCCAACCUAAACGGGAAGUACUAUCAAGGUGGGGAAUACGGGAAUUCCGGCUCAAGCAUUCCGGAUGGAAUAGCCUGGAAUCACGAGGACUGGAGAAAUACGGACUAUUACUCGCUAAAAUUUGUAGAAAUGAAAAUUAGACCAGCUGAUUUUUAAUCUAAGCACCGCAACGAGAAAAAAGCUAGUAGUACAGUCAUUAUGCAAAGGUAUCAGAAGAUGUAUAUGUUAUAUAUAAGACAGCAACAAACAAAGGAAUGUACUGAAAAGACUCACUUGCAAUGAUGUGUAUUUGACUAUUUAAGAACUAUAAGACUUGACGUUUCCUCAUGUACAUAACUAAUAGUAAUACAUAGACUGAUAGAAAGAUAGGAAUUUUAAUGUUAUUCUUAAUCAUCUCUAUAGACUUGUGAAUAAAGCUUUCUCCAAGG